CCAUGCAGCGCCUUGCUUCAACAAAAAUGGCGAAUUGUGUUGAAAAUAGCAGCCAAAAUCCUUGAAUUACUGGACGAAAACACCGACGAACAACCUUGUAAUGCGACUCUACACCCUCAAGACACAUUUGAUUACCGCUGUGUAAAGGAUUUGCUGGUCGAAUGCCACGUUUUCUGCGUAAAUCCUCAACUAAGGAAAGCAACAAGGGGAAGAAUUCAGAGAAAAAGAAAAACAAAAAGGGCAAGGACAAAGCAAGUUCUAAUUUACCAACACAAGGUUUUUAUGAUGAAGAAGAAGAAGAAAAUAAUACAAAUGGUUCAAUUGGAGUUCAAAGAUGCAGAAGACUUUUGGCAUCUUGUCCAAAGAGAUCUGGCAGUGCAAAGUGUGUUGCAACCUUUAGAAGGAACUCAAGGCUGUCUAAAUCCCUUCUAGAGGUAUUGAUGGAUGAUAGUGUCCUGCCAUAUUUUAUGGAAUUUAUGCAAAAACAAAACGCUGUGAAUUUGUUAAACUUUUGGUUAACGUCAGAAACGUUUCGCUUGUCAACGAUCAGUCGUUUAAGAAUGAAUUCUUUGUUACGCAUGAAAUCUUCCAGUUCAGGAGAGACAUUGGUGAAUGGAAACAGUGAAACUGAUGCACCAAAUCAUCAAAAAUCACCCUCUUCAUCUUCUAAAAACGAGAGACUUUUGAGUGACAGUAGCAGUGACAGUGAGUUUGGGUGCUUUUCUGGGUACUCAGAUCCUUCUGAGAUUACUGGACCAAAGCAGAUGUUGGACAAGUUAAAUACUGGGGCUAUACUGAUCUGCGACAAAUGUGGAAACAUUAUUGAUAGAACCUUAGACAAAUGUACAAUGUGUGUGUCAGAGAUGCCGGACUCUGAUGUGGAUGGAAAAUUAACUGUUGCGGACAGUAGUCAAAACUCUAAGAAUGCAGGUUUAGUUACUGAAAACAUUAGUUCAUCUUCCCAUAACAAAAGGGAUGGAUUGAGUGAAAAAAUAUUCAAUCCUGGAAGACUUGACUUUGAUGAGGUUUUCAAUUAUUCUGAUGAUGCAUCAAGAAACACUAAUAAUAAAAGUGAAACAAGAAAAGUGACAUUUGAUUUAAAACCUGAUUUUGAGAAUGAAGAGCGAGAAUUUUGUCGAAGAAGAACAAGAAGUAUUGUCAUAGAUGCUAUGAGUGUUUAUAGUAAAUACAUUUCAUUGGAGGCGACACACCCAUUUGGUUUAGAUGAACCUCUUAGGAGACAAGUUGAGGCCAAUAUUUGCAGCGAAGAUGGGAAAAUUGAUCCUGAAUGUUUUUCUCCUGGUCAGAAGUUUGCCUUUAAUGUCAUGGAAAGAAUGUAUUUUCCAACCUUUAUACAAAGUACUUUCUACUUCAAACACCAACUUGAUAUCUUAACUAGUAACAAGGUUUUUCUAUCUGAUAUCAUAUACAAUCAACAUGCUAUGUUUUACUUCAUGGAGUUCUUAGAGCAAGAAGAUGUUCGUCAUAUGUUAGAGUUCUGGUUGACAGCAGAUAAUUUUCAGUCUCUGCUUCAAGACAAGCUGAAAAGUGGUGAAUAUAACACACAACAGGCACUGGACGAUGCUAUGAUUAUUUAUGAAAGGUAUUUUUCCAUGCAAGCAAGUUUGCCACUUGGUUUUGAUGAUGUCACUAGAAUAGAAGUUGAGAACAGUAUAUGCCGUGAAGGAGGACCCUUACCAGAAUGUUUUGGCAUCCCCCUGGAACACAUCUUGUGCCUUUUAGAAGAGGUAUUCUUCCCAAGUUUUCUCCAAAGUGACAUUUAUUACAAGUAUUUGAAUGAGUUGCUAAAUUCCGUCACUGAUUCACCAAAUCCAAGUGAGACAUCCGACCAUUAUGAGAGCCAUCCAACCAAACAUGGUGGCCAUACAGAUGAAAGCACAAGGCUUGUGAAUUCCUUUGGUUCUGACCUUGACUUGACUGAGAAUCCUGAUGCUAUCUGGCACAGACCUAACGCUGGACCUUUGUCUCUUGGCCGUGUUAAUGAGUUUGGAAUUUUUGAACCAAUCUUUGAACCUGAGCCAGACCAGGAAAGAAACAAUACCUCUACAGCUGCGAAACUUGGUAAAGCCAUGCGUAAACUGGUGUCUGGAGGAGAGGAUAAGGCAAAAGAGGAAAUGGCUUGGAAGAUUGCUAAAAUGAUGAUUGAGGAUGUAAAAACCGAACAGACAAGGAUUUCAGCGAGUCGUAAUUAAAAAAUUCUCUUUGUUCUGUCUGUUGCAUGAUGUUCUUAUUCUUCUUAUGCUGUCAUGGCUAGAUGCCACAUAGUGCCUGUUGCAUGAUAGUGUGGUAUUUAUACUACCACUACAGGAAUGCCUACCGGUAUAAAAUUUCUUUCAGAUUGUUAUUCCCUAACAAGAACGGCAAGUUAAUUGGUGUUACCAUUGAAACUGAGACAGGUUAAUCAGCAAUAGACUGCUGUCAAUCAAAUAAAUUGUUUGAUUUGGUAAAGA